GCAGCCAAAAUAUUUACAUCGUUUGCAUCAUUCGAGGGGGUGAAUUUUUUGUUUUUUAAAAUGAUAGACGGCAACAUAUCAAUGGAGGAGGACACAGAAUUGAGGGAUUUGGUCGUGCAAACACUGGAGAACAACGGAGUCCUCGCUAAAGUACGAGCGGAAUUGAGGGCCAGUGUCUUCCUGGCGCUCGAGGAGCAGGAGUCUGUUGCGAAUCCUGAGCCACUUCUCAACAAAACAGUUAAACAGUACCUGUCAAACUCGGAAGGAAAACUACUAUUUUCGUUAGUUAGAGAGUUUUUAGAAUACUUCGGACUGGAUUAUACAAUUUCAGUUUAUGAUCCAGAGACUUAUGUGGGAAAGGAGUACAACUAUGUUGGGAGGAAUAAACUGUGUGAGAAACUGGGGAUUAGCACGACGGAACCAUUGCUCGGGGAGCUGCUUAAGAACAGCAUUAAUGGUGCCUUCAAUAAUUCUGAUAAGAAUGACUCAAACGAUAGCAGACUGAACAAAACAACCGACACAUCAGCCCUGAACAACGCAACAUUCGAAGUAAUAGUACCAAAUAUCAUUCACAAAGACUCAGUGUCAUUCUCAAACGACAACGACUCAUCUGAGAAGGGGGAGAGUGUAUCAGAUAUGAGCCAAGAUAUGCCAAUAAACGUGACAAUAACCGACAAAAAAGUCAACAAUUCCGAGACAAAUAUCGACAAAACGUCCAGUAAUGCAAUGAUAGACACGUCGAGCUGUGAAUUGCGUAAUGAAUCGAGGGAGAGCACGAGUUUAACGAAAAUUAACGACAAAACGGGUAAUAAUAAUCUCGAUGAUACUGAGAAUAAUCAAAAUGCCGAUGCCUGCCCAAUCAACGAGACCAAGGAUACUUCAAAUUCACUCAACAAGAGUGAACAUUUUAUUAAGUUUGACGAUACAAUAGGGGAUAGUGGGGGUAUACGUAAUGAGGAGAUUAGUAAAACAAAAGUGAGGAAGGAUGUGGAAUUACAAAAUACGAAUAAUGCUCAAAACAGGAGGAAAAUCGAUGGUGAAAAUAAUUUUAGUAAGACUGUUUUCUUUGACGAGAUUAUUGCCGAUGGGAAGAGGGAGAAGGUGGGGAGUGGCGGUGGGAGGAAGGGGGAGUCGUUGCUGGGGGAUUUGCCGCCCAUUGGGGCUAGGGGGAAUUCAAUCUUCAGCGAUUUGCCACCGCUCAAUGGGAAGAAGACGAAUAUCAAUGAUUUGAAGGAAAUUAUGGACAUGGGACUUGCUGGUGAAAAUGUAGAUAAUUACGAAGAAGAUUUCGCCUCCUCAGCCUCGGGAAGUGCGAACGAAGCGAGUCCAGUGAAAGACAGUGAGAAAAAUCCCAACGAAUCCCCAGAGAAUCAAAAUCAAAAGGAGGAGAAGAGCAUCAGCGCGAGGAGCGAGGAGAUCAGCGAGGAGAUCGACGAAGAGGUACUGAGCGCCAAUGUCUCGUGCGUGAGUGAUCCCAUUGUCAUUUGAAGUAAUUAUCUCCAUGUAUUCAUGAGCCAUGUCGCAGGUCGACUGUUUUAUUCUUUAAUUAUCAAUUUUUUGUUGAGUCGAGUCGUCUUGCCAUAAUGCUUCCUACGUUGCAGGUGGAAAGUAUACACUGAUGAUUAAAUGUAAUGAAUUCUGGCGUUUUCUCGGACAUCUCUAAUUGCAUAUUUAUUAGUCACUCGUUUUUACUAUUUUUUGAGUGAUGAAGUUGAUGAAAUUCAAGACUUUAAUCGGAAAUAUUCAUCAAUCAGUUGAUGAAUUGAUUGAAAAAUUGAUUUUUGUUCAAGUAAUUGAAA